AUGGUGCUGCGUGUUCAGGAGCAUAAUUUGAAUGCUAAGCUUCCAGAUUCCCAAUCUCGUGCUGCUGCAGCAGAAUAUCACCGGAUCUGGGCGAAGGCUUCCGACACGGACGGGGGAGGCACGAGUGGCGGAAUCGAAAUUCCGGCUCCAAAGCGCAUUCAGGCCAUUUUUAUUUCGUUGAGUACGUGCGGUAACAACCCACGUGCACGUGCGGUAGCAGCGCACGAGCACUUUGCGAUGAAGGGCGGGAUCAUUGUUGUCAGUGGAUACCUGCAUUGGACAUCCCCCGUGUGCUCGAGCUGGUGA